AUGAGCUGUCUGGAUGUUAUGUACCAAGUCUACGGUCCUCCCCAGCCUUACUUCGCAGCAGCCUACAGUCCUUACCACCAGAAAUUAGCCUUUUACUCGAAGAUGCAGGAAGCCACCGAGAGCGCCAGCACCAGUGGUGGUAGCAGCUCCUCCUCCUUCUCCAACCACGCUGCCCCGGCCAGCAUCAAGGAGGAGGAGUGCAGCCCGGAGAAAGAGCGCCCCCCCGAGGCCGAGUACAUCAACGCCAGGUGCGUCUUGUUCACCUAUUUCCAAGGGGACAUCAGCGCCGUGGUGGACGAGCACUUCAGCCGAGCCCUCAGCCAGCCCAGCAGCUACUCGCCCAGCAGCGCCGGCGUCAAGGCCGCUGCAAGGAGCUCCGCUGCUUGGAGAGAGGGAUCUUUUCCUAUGAGCCAGCGUAGCUUCCCACCCUCUUUCUGGAACAGCACGUACCAACCUUCUUCUGUGCCUGCCUCUUUGGGCAGCCCGCUGGCAGCUACUGCCCACAGUGAACUGCCCUUUGCUACAGCGGACCCUUAUUCUCCAGGCUCGCUGCACAGCCACCUUCAUCAGGGGGGCCCUGAACCUUGGCACCCAGCCCACCAUCACCAUCAUCACCACCACCACCACCCAUACAUUGGUACACAGAGCUCUGCUUACCCCCGGCCCACCACAGUGCAUGAGGUCUACAGCCCACAUUUUGACCCUCGCUACGGCUCGCUGUUGGUGCCUGCUGCUUCUGUGCGUCCCCACCGCCUCACUCCUGCCUCAGUGCCCACGCCAGUCAGCCCUCAGUGUGAGCUAGGCAAGAGUGAGCCUGCCACAUCGUCAUGGACAACACCAGCUCCUUUUGCUGGUCCUGCAGGAGAGAUGGCACAGAGCUUAGGGCUGAAUGUGGAGACAGGUUUGCAGCCUCAAGAUAAAAGCAAGGAUCUCUACUGGUUUUAG